GUGGCGACGAAGUCGGUUUUCGCUACCCACGGUACCUGACGGACUACGAGUCCUGGCGUCAGACGAACGAGGACCGACCACGAUGGCCUCCCUGCAGUUGCCGGAUUACGACGAAACGAAAGAUAAGUGGAAGCCUUACCUCGUCAGAGCAGAAGCGUAUUUCGAGGCGAACAGUGUAACGGACCCGGCUAAGAAGCGAGCACUACUAGUUUCGGCGUUGUCUAGUAAGACGGUCGAGGUGCUAGCCGGCAGAGUAGCCCCGCGUGCACCAAAUGAACUGACAUACAAGGAAGUCGUUCAGAGCUUGAAUGAGUAUUAUGACCCUAAGAAGCACGAGAUAACGGAAAGCUACAAGUUCUUCAAUCGCUCACAACUUCCAGGCGAAAGCGUUAGCGCAUUUCUCGUUGCUAUUCGCCGAAUAGCAGACAACUGCAAUUUCGGCACGUCUCUUGACCGCAUGCUUCGGGAUCGCAUUGUCUGCGGCGUACGCUCCGUGGCACUGAGGAAACAGAUGUUGGCAAAAAAGGAUUUAACGCUAGAAGAAGCCGAAGCAUUGGCACUGUCUGUCGAAGCAGCUGAAAAUGGUGCCGAAAGCAUGACCUCAGAAGCUACGCCCUUGCUUAAGCUACGCGCGUCCGAGGCCAACACUGUUAAAACAUCUCCGACUCGGCACGCGGCACAGCAUUGUGAUAGAUGCGGAAGCAGCAAACACGACGGCAACAGCUGUCGUUGGAUUAGAGCAAGGUGUUAUCGCUGCGGACGUCAUGGGCAUCUCGCAAAGAUGUGCCGCACAACCGCCAGUAAGAGCCGCGUCGCAACGCAUGCAGUGGAGGGAAGAGCUUUGACUCUCGAAGAAGCCGUAACUGAAGACGACGAUAAGGACGAGACACAUAUAUGGACCUUACUUUCUGCACGAAAAAGCCGCCUCGAGCCGCCGAUAAGGCGC